GUCGCGACUAGCCCCUGCCACAAGGGAUCAGGGAAUCAGGACUCUAGGGAUCCCCCCCAACCUCGCCGCAAGUGACCUCCACCUGUUCGUCAUCGCUCGCAUUGCAAGGAUAUUAUCACCAGACCGACCGAUAGUGAUUGUCAUUUCGCAACGCCACCCCACAUCCUACAGCGUCGCCGACCGAACCACCGUGGCCAGCUUUUGCCAGAGUCGUUCAGCGCUUCGAUCAGUCGGUCACUCGCCCCCUUUGGUACCCUAGGAGCUUCGCCCAAGGAGUUCCGGUGCAGAGCGAAUCGGUGCAAAGCGGGGGAAAUAGCGUACUACAGCGUCGAGUACUAGCUUCCUUCGCCUUCGCCGCUCGUGCGAGCAUCCCCAUCUACGCUCCGACCAUGCGCCUGCUUCCCGCUCCGCCGCAUCUCACCGCGCCUCACGCCGUCGCACCGGGUCUUCCGUCUCCCCCGCUCGUCCCCGCUCGCGCUUCAAACGCGCCAUGCGUAGCCCUUAGCGGAAGGCGGGGCGGAUGCUUUUCCCCCGUCCGUCGCGACAUUGGUGCGGGCGGAGUCUGGGGGGAACGCGGAGGGCAGGGCAGUGCGCGGAGCUCUGCGGGGAGGAGUUGGGGGGAAGGCGGGAGCACGCGGAGAGGAGUGUGUCGGGCAACGGGGAAGGGGUUUGGAGGGGGCCAGGGGACAGGCGGUAGCGCAGGGGGGGCGAAGGGGGAGAAGAAAGACAGCGGCGCGUCGGGGAAGAAAGAUGGCGGGGCGUUUGGGGGCCUGGAUUGGAGAGAAGUGGCUCGGCCCGCUCCUCCCAUGCUGGAUCUGUCUCAACCACGGGUCUACUAUUUUGCCCUCGCCAACGCCUACUCACUCAUGGACAAGGGCGCAUUGCUUGAGGAGGUUCUAGCAGAUGGCAUCAGGAGAAGUCAAAGGGGUGGUCGGGCGCGGGACGUGUGGAUGGUGAUGGAGCCGGUGUUCCUGGACCAUCCGUCCCUGGCGUCUCUCAAGGCCGCCAUUCGCCCACCCACAGCUGCCAUCGUGUCCACCAACGGCGACUGGAUGCUCACCAUCGUGCACGAGAUGCUGCCACAGGCUACCAUAGGCAAGUUCUAUGCCCCAACACCACAACUGCCAGACCCCCUCAAGUCAAAGCUCACUCCAGGGGACGUUGCUUUGGGCGGCGGGGGGAUUUGGCACUGAGCUUGGCAAUGCACUAGGAUGUUGCCAAGCGUCGAUGCGGUGGUGGCUAAGGAAAGAUUUUUUUGCCUAGUGGUGGCGUUGUACGAUUGAGGUCGAUGCAUAUCUGGAAGGAGUGUGCAACACGGUGCCAACAAUACCUAAUGAUCCAGGUAGUGCAUCUCCUCGAGUCGGUUUUGUAAAUUCUUACAUAACCCAUAGACUUUGCUUCUACUACGUUACUGGCACUAUGGACACU